AUGUCCCAGAGCGGCGAGGAGAACGCCCGAACAAAAACCCAGUCCACAAAAGAGGACAAGACUCUCCACCACGUGCUGCCCGACGUCAUGCGGAUACCGUUCGAGGAGGCGACCCAGGACGUCGAGCUGGAAGGCUGGGAGGACAAGUGGUUCUCCCUCGGCCAGUUCGACGUCGACAAGCAUGGCCCGCUGGCCGAGCCCAAGAUCGACUUCGUCUACAACUGGGUCAACGGGUCCGACGAGGCGUUCAAGGACGUCCGCCGCAACUUCGAGCUGGAGUCACCGCUCAACGACAAGGAAGGCAACUGGAUAUCGCAGCACAGCAUCAACCGGUACCGCGACUGGGACGAGCUCCGGUACUCCCUCCGCAGCCUCGACGUCUACGCCAAGGGGUUCAUCAACAAGAUCCAGCUGCUCGUCAACUCGGUCGGCGGCGCCUCGUACGAGAAGAGCGGGAAGCACAUGCACCCGCAGCGCCCAACCUGGCUCAAGGACGACGAGAACACGAACGACCACGUGCAGGUGCUCAACCACGAGUCCUUCUUCCGCGAGCAGGAGAAGGAGUGCCUGCCCACCUUCAACUCGCUCUCCAUCGAGUCGCAGAUCUUCAUGACCCCCUCCACCACCGACCACCUCUUCGCCCUGUCCGACGACAUGUUCCUCGGCAUGCCCCACGCCGCCUCGGACUUCUACUCGCCGCUCUUCGGGCCCACGAUGGGGUUUAAGAGCGACCACUACAACGUCAAGCAGCUCGGCGGGAAAGGGCAGAUCCCCUCCUUCGGCGAGAAGCCGUUCGUCUACUACACCUCGUACCUGCUGAACCACCGGUUCGGCGAGCGGAACCGCCACGUGCAGGCGCACUUCGGCCACUCGGUCUCCCGCAAGGUGAUGGAAGAGGCGAUGGCGUCCUUUCCCCAACCCUCCGCCAAGGGCGCGUGCGAGCGUUUCCGAGGCGAGUCCCGCUUCCAGAUCUACCCGUGGUACGCGUCGUUCCACUACACGAUCGAGCGGUUCCGCGAGGCGCUGCUGUGGUCGUUCAUCAUGUCGCGGUCGGACGAGAACUCGGACGGGUACCUGGACUGGACGGAGCGGCAGCACCUGCUGGAGUCCGUCGAGCCGGGGUGGCGACAGCUGGCCACCAACGACGCCUCGAAGCCCGCGGCGCAGAGCCCGAUCCGCGAGCGCAUGUACUACAAGCUCCCGGAGAUAUUGCAAAAAGCCGGCCUGCAGCCCCCCAAGGUGAACGUGAACGUGCUGUGGACGUCGCUGGACGGGCCCGAGACGAUCCGCAACGUCAAGUGCCACGACUUCAGCGUGGACAAGUGCUUCGGGGACUCGUUCGCGUCGGCGCUGUCGGACUCGACCUCCUCGAACCCGGACUUCAGCGCGUCCAACAUCUUCUCGCGGCUCUCGUACCAGCACCCGCAGUGCGGCGACUGCCUGCUCAAGUUCCUGCUCGCCUCUCAACCUCGGGGGCUCGAGCCUCUACUGCCGCCCAAGGCGUCGAAGCCGCACGACCGCGAGGUCAUCGUCAAGGCGCUCAAGAAGUACCAGCACACCGUGAUCGACACGGACGCGAUGAAGUUCGUCAUGAUCAAGGACGCGGAGCAGGCCGAGAUCGAACUCCUGGAGCGCACCAUCCGCAAGGGCAAGGUGUACGGGCAGUGGUGCCUGAACGACGACGUGAUGACCGAGAGCGCGGAGCAGGUCGGCCGGGUCCGCGAUGUCAUGGCGCAGGUAUUCGAGGGCUUGUGGCCCGGCAGGGGGCGAUGGGAGAAGGAAGAAUCAUGA